AUGAAGCUCAUCUAUGCGUCGCUGGUCAACGAUUGGGGUUUUUCUGGAACUGUCAAGAUCAGUUGCACGACCUGCUUUUCAGAAGCCCGGCAGACAAUGGCUGGCACUGCACUGACGCGGUAUUCAACCAUUACAUCACAAUCUUCAGCAGCUGGAGCCGCACAAGAUGACGGCAUCUCAUCCGCGCAAGACUUACAACAAGAUGUCUCGUCCAUCCCGCCUGCUACGUCAACGGAAAUACCUCCAUCAUCCUCUCAGCUCAGCACCCCGAUUAAGGCGGGCAUCGUUACUGCCUCUAUCCUGGUGUUCCUACUCGUGCUAUUACUGGUACUCGAGCAUACCUAUCUCCGUCGCAAACGCCACGAGCGCGCAGUCAAACGAGCGAUCGACGAGGUAGAGCGAGGAACUGAGCUGAAGAGCACAACGACGAGUGAGAGCAAAGAGAACAUGGUAUUGGAGAGUCGAGUUGAGAUUGUCGUAGAUGGCGAAGGGCAGGAUAGUGUGCGGGGUAGCUGGGAUGGAGAGGGUUAUUGGAAUGCAGAUACAGACGACGAGGAUGACGACGGAGACUUGAGCGAAUGGGGACGAGGGCGAAGGCGCGAGAUUGGGCGGAAUGGGAUGAGCCUUCCGCGAAGAGGACGUUAG